AAUUAUUGUAACGGUGGAAACAAUUAGCAAUUGUUUAUCCUUGGACCUUUUUUUUUUUACUAGGAUGUAAUAAUUAAAUCAUCAAUCAGGAUUUGCAAUUAGACCUUAAAUCAACCCUUAGUAUCAAAAGUAAUUAAUGUUUGAACAGUAAUUAUGACUUGUAAUUAAAGAGAAACAAUAAUCCAAAAUAAUCAGUGUUUAUGUUAAUUGACCUCGAAAAUUGUUCUCACUCUGUUGAUUGCGAAUCAUCAAUAAAUAACCAAAACGAUUUGAUUAUCAUUUACUUUUAACAAUACUAAUUGUACCGGUCGUUUGAAUUUCAAUGGAGAAUAUUUUAAUUGUUUCAGCAUUUCUUUUCUUGUUAUUGGUUAAUUGUGAUUCUUCAAGCCUUCCAGUCAUUGACCAUCAGUCUCCGGAAGAGGAAACAAAUUUACCCAACGAACUUGGACCUCGAAUCAUUGGUGGUGAGUUCGCAGCUCCUGGUGAGUUUCCUUACUAUGUUCAGGUAAUGUCACAAUUAGGUGAUUAUUUCCCUUCCUGUGGUGGAUCAUUAAUCGAUGGAUUAACAAUUAUAACUGCAGCUCAUUGUGUUUGGGAUGGUGAUGAACCUGCCAAGAUGAUUUUGGUUAAAUCUAAUUCAAAGAAUCGUCUUCUACUUUCAAAACAACCAUUUGAAUGGGAAAUAAUCAAUGGAACCAAAUUAAUUGUUCAUGAAAAUUACACCAUCACCAAUGAAGGUAUUCCUCUUAAUGAUAUUGCAAUUAUUAAAUUGGAUUCAAAACGUUUACCAUCAACUUUAUCACCAACACGGAAAGGGAUUAGAUUAGCAUCUAAAAAAUAUCCAAUUGGUACUCAAGUUGUUUUAGCGGGAUUUGGAUUAACAGAGUCAGGAAGGUCCCCUGAUUUUUUGAAGAAAAAAAAAUCUUCAGUUAUAUCAAAUGAUAAUUAUGCUGAUAAUCAAUUACCUGGAGUUUUAUUCACCCAGAGAAGUGAUGAAGAUCUUGUUUAUAUUGGAGAUUCGGGUGGACCAGUGGUUGUUAAGGGAAAAUCGCCCAAUCAGGAUGAAUUAAUUGGAAUUAUCUCAUUUGGUGAUGAUUAUCUCGAUGGUAACAGGGAAGGUUCAACUGAUAUUUAUCAUUAUCUCAAUUGGAUACGAACAAAAAUUGGUUCCUCAUAGUUGAUUAAUUUGUUAUUUUCUUGAUUGUGGUUCAGUUCAAAGACCAAUCAACAAUUGAUGAAUAUAAAUUUUGAUGAAAAAUUAUUUUUGUAUAUGAUGAAAAUCAUAAUAAGAAAAAAAUCCAAAUGAAGAAUAAAUUGCUGAUGAUACAAAAUAUGA